UUUUCCCUCUUUUCUCUCUCCUCUUAGCCAUUCAUUUCGUUCAUCCAUUCGCCAGGGGAAAGGGGAGAGAGAGAGAGAGAGUCGUGGGCGCGUCCGCGCGUGUUCCCUCCCCUAUCUCCUUCGUGCUGUUCUGGGUUGGCCGGCGGUUUUGUGGUUGUGAGGGAUUGGGUUAGUUCGUCCAUCGGAGGAAGGAGUUUAAUCGAGCAAAAGAGCAUGGGAGCUGCCUCCUGAGCUGCGCCGGCGGACCGCGUAUCUGCAGGGAGAUGAAACUGGAAGAUAACUGAAGUUUUGCAAUAUCUGCCGCUUAUUAUUGUCUUGCAAAUAGUAGUCAUCAUGGGGUCUGGAUCAGUGUCUCUGAAGCAAAAGAAACGGGCAAAGCAUGCGAAGAACAAGUACUUGAAGCCUGGUGCCCUUGCUCAGAUUAGUUACAGCAGGAGCACUAGCAGGGAUAUCGGGAAGAAGCGGAUUCUGUUGAAUGGGGAGAAGGAUGAGCUGGAAAUAUUGCCACAUGGCGAAGCUGUUUUUGAAAGCACUACACCGAUUAUGUCCCCUGCAAGGCUCAGUAUUGAGCCAUUUAGUGGCAUUACGGGGCAGAUGUUGCCAAGAACACCCAGGACUCCUCAACCAACUGAAUGUGAUGGCUAUUCAAGACUUGAAUCACUUCCUCUUGAUCUGCUGAUCAAGAUCGUGUGUUACUUGCACCAUGACCAGCUGAAGGCUGUUUUCCAUGUUUCAAAAAGGAUCCGAAAGGCAGUUGAACAAGCAAGGCAGUACCAUUUCAACUACACUACUCCAGAUCGCAGCAGGCAAGAACUGCUCCAGAACAAGACACCUCUCCCGACAGAGCAUUGGCCUUUUAUGAGCAGAAUAGAUGGCAAGGAUGUGAGGGUCGCCACCCCGAGAACCCCAAAGGCUCCAAGACAUGGUCCUCGGCAUUCACGUUUCAAGCUGAUUGAUGUGAAGCCAAUCACAGCUGUUCUUUUCCCGGAUUCAUUACCUACAAAGCGUUUGCGCCGUUCGAUGCCACCAGGGUUGCCAAGGCCUGUACAAAAGGCUGCAGCCGCACCUAGAGUUUUACUAUAUGAGGAAGAGCUUUGUGAAGCUGUUGCACAAAAUAAGCUUCUCUGAAGCUCCUAGUGAUAAUGUAUAGUUUUAUCUAUGUCAUGUCCCUGGGUAUGAAUUUUGGCCUGGUGGUACCUGGCUGACAUCUUGGAUAAUCAUGGUCAGGUUAGGCAGUUUAGAUUAGUCAUUAGCCCUUCAUAUACUCUUAUGAGCAUAAGGACCGAGUUUGGCUUAUUUCCGGCUAUGUAUAUACUACAUAGUAUUAAUAAAUGUAGUGGUUAAUCAUCUUGGACAAUAAUAUUUUGCCUAUGAAGUUGAUGUCUGCUUAUCAGGAU